AUGAUCCCCGAACUCCACAGCUUCAAGAAACCACGACUUCUACUACCUACUUUAUUUAUACCUACUUUUAUACCUAAUUUUAUACCCACUUUUAUACCUACUUUUUACACCGCCCGACAACUUACUUACGACCCGACACUUCUACUACCAACUUAUAUACCUACUUUUUAUACCGCCCGACAACUUACUUGCGACCCCAAAUCCACGACUUCCUUUUCCCUAAAAUCCAAAAUCCACGAUUUCCCCUCAGCAACCCUAAAUCCACGAUUUCCUCAAGAAUUGAAUACCAAGAGACAAUUUAGCCUUCUCCUUCAUAUGAUUGUAGUCAACAAGUAUCCUACGGUCAACAAAUAUCCUACGAUGUUGUGAAUCUCCAGAAGGAGAUGUGCUGGGC